AUGGAGUUUAUUAGUAAGGAAAAAGCAAGAAACACAACCUAUGAAAAGAGAAAGAAAGGUUUGAUUAAGAAAGGUAAAGAGUUAUCAAUCUUAUGCAAUGUACCAGUUUGUAUUAUUAUGUACCCUUAUAAACAAGGGAAACAAUCUUUAGAAGCUGAAGUUUAUGCCUUUAAAGGGGAGGUACCGCCCUCGAAAAACCAUGAUCAUGCCAAGCUUGCUAGGGAGAUAAUUGAUAGGUAUUUAAGGGUACCUAAGGAAGAAAGAUAUAAAAGAGCCCUAAAUUUGUAUGACAUGUUUGAUGAAUGGAAAAAAAGGGCAGAUCAAGAAUUGUGCAAAUUAAGGUAUAAAAAUGCAUUAGCUAAAUACCCAUCUUGGGAUUCUAAGUUUGAAGGGCUUAAUCUUGAUCAAUUAAUGGAAUUACUUGCUAUUUUGGAUCAAAAGAUUGAGUUUGUUAGUCAAAGGAUUGAUAUGAUUAAGGGUACUAAUCAUAAUCAUAAUCAUAGUCAAAAUAAUGGAGGUUUAGUUCCCUAUUUUGAGCCAGCAACUAUGCCUAAUCUCAUGAUUUCUAGUGAAAAUAGUAAUGUUGAUUACACUAAUGUGGAAGAGUUUAAUCAAUUUCCUAUGUUGAAUUAUUCUAUUAACAACAAUAAUAAUCAUCAUUAUCAUCAAGAAUACUACCAUCAAGUGAUGCCUUUCAAUCCUACCGCGAUUUCGGAACAAAUUGGAGGAACUAGAAUGGAUGAUCAUGGUGGUAGUACUAGUAGUAGCAACAUGAUAAUGUACAACAUGAAUAUGAUGGGUGGAGUUAGUCCUAUGUACUAUGAUCAAGGGUCAGGAUUCGGCGAAAAUGUUGAUGGAUCAUCAUCAUAUGGUGCUGGUUUAGCAAUGUCAUCUAUGCCCUUGCAGUUGCCAAUGAUGCCUAAUGUUACUCUACCAAGGCAAAUGCAGUAUCAUCAAAUGUUCUAUAAGUAG